UUUUUUUCUUUGCAGAUAAUGAUACCACGCUCUGGUAAAGUUAUGGGUCAGUUUGCUCGUUUCUCUUCUAAAUCAAGAAUGCAAUAUGCUAUCAAAAACGAAAAUUCAAGCAAUAAAUCAACAUCGCUUCAUAAACAGUUGAAAGACGAUGCAUCAUCCAAAAAUUAUUCAUUCAUUCCAUAUGCAUCACCCUCUCAACAACACGAACACGAUGACCAAGGAAGAAGAGAAACUAUUAUUAAAAAAGGAACGGGAGCGACAAGCGAUAGCCCGAACUGAAAACAAUGCACGAUUUAAGGAAUACCUGUUACGAUUACCACCUCUGAGUUAUCCUAGUCAUUACAAGGUCGACUGUGUGUCUACGUUAGAGGAAACCAACAAAAAAUUAGCACAGCUCUUGAAAAACAACAAGGAGAAAGUGUUUGGUGUUGAUCUUGAAUGGCCACCUUGUUUUGUCAAGGGACAAGUAGAGAAUAAAGUGACGCUUGUACAAAUUUGUUCUGCAGAUAGUAUCUUGUUAAUUCAAGUGGCACGUAUACAAGGCGGAUUCCCACCCCAGUUACGCCAGUUCUUUGAAGAUAAGACGAUUUUAAAAAGCGGUGUGAAUAUUGGUGCAGACGGUCUUAAAUUACAUCGCGAUUUCGGUUUUAUCACCAAUGGGCUUUUGGAACUGCGUGAUCUAGCGGAAAUGACUAAAUCCCCAAAGUUGGAAUUUUCCCACUUGAGAUCUCUACGCGCUUUAACGGGUCUUUUUCUGGAGCAGAAUAUGGCAAAGGGAAAGGUUCGUUUAAGCAAUUGGGCUGUGUCUAAAUUAUCUCCUUUACAAAUCAAAUAUGCUGCACUGGAUGCCUAUGCAUCUUAUCAAUUGUAUGUGGUAUUGAACGAAUUGAAGGAUACCAGUAAAUCAAUACAUAUAAGGCAUCUGGUAAAUGAAGGUGUGUCUGAGGCAAAUCAGGUAAAAAAGACCAAGAAUGGACAACAACAAAAACCAGCUUCCAAGCAGAUAGGCCACCUUUCGGGUCCUUCAUCCACUGUUACUAUCGUAAAGAAGAAGCAAUAGAAGAAGAAGAAGAAAAAUUGACAAAAGACUUUUUUGG